GUAAAAAGAGACUAAUUAAAAAAAACAUACUUUUAAUUAGUCCUAAUGAGCAUAUGAAUUUGUAGUCUUCUCUCUAGGGUUGGCUCUCGGCCACCUUUAGAGUAGCUUUUGUUCUUCCCGUUCUUCGGCUUAGGCGAAGAUCGGUGGGUAGUAUUUAGGUGCUGUGGGAGUCGAUUGCAGGUUAGAGGCGAGGUCGGUGAGUCGCUCGUGCAGCGGCCGGGGCUUUUCUUCGGCUUUGACGACGAUCGAUUUACUCGCAGAAGAGGUUGGCUGGGCAAUGGUUGAUUUUUGUUUUUGCCCAAUUAUGGAAAAGGUGAUGAGGAAGAAGAUAUAUAACAACAAUCGGCCAUCUGGAUUGGCUGGGCAGAGUUUGGUCUCUAUCCAGAUUGGCUGGGCAAAGUUUGAUCUCUAUCCAAUCGCAAAGGGGGUUGAACUUCCGGUGGUGGGAGUUGUUAUCACGGAUCGUCCCCCUCCUGAACCGCCGCCGUGGAGAGCAGGGAAGUCUAGGGUUUGGAAGCAUCUUUUCAAUUUUACUGUUUGCUUGCAUUUUAGUUUUCUUUAUCAGACUGUUUAUUGUUCUGUUGGUUAUUUUUAUUAUUGUAAGACUCUUGCAUUAGGGAUGGGGGAUGAGAGUUCUGCAGUAACCAUUAUUGGCUCAAUUAUGCCCAAUUUCGGAUCAGCGAGUUAUAUUGCUUUGUCAAAGGUGAUUAACUCAGAGUCUGGCCCAAGGGCGGAUGGUUGCUUGUGGUGCUUUUGUUAUUUUAGCUCCUUUCUGAAUGCUGUGAUUUUAAUCUAAGCCACCUUUGAUGAUCAAAAAAAAAAAAACAAUGUACGGAGGUAAUACUUAUACUCCCUAUCCAUACAUCAAAAUUGUGAAUGCUCCAUAGUCCCUCC